UUUUCCGAAGAAAAAAGAAGGAAAAAUAGGUUUGGGAAAUUGAGCUGCCGUUUCCUCAAUCAAUCAAAUAAAAAAAUAUUCAGAAAUAAUUAAUUAAUUAAUUAAUUAGGAAAUGGGCGUUCGAGAAACCGACCCGCUUUCGCAGCUGAGCUUGCCGCCGGGGUUUCGGUUCUUCCCGACGGACGAGGAGCUUCUUCUGCAGUAUCUCUGCCGGAAGGUCGCCGGCCACCAUUUCGCUUUGCCGAUUAUUGGGGAUAUCGAUCUCUACAAGUUUGAUCCAUGGGAUCUUCCCAGCAAGGCUAUAUUUGGAGAGAAAGAAUGGUACUUUUUCAGCCCGAGGGACAGGAAGUACCCGAACGGGUCGAGACCCAACAGAGUAGCCGGGUCGGGUUAUUGGAAGGCCACGGGGACUGAUAAGAUCAUCACCAAUGAGGGAAGGAAAGUUGGGAUCAAGAAGGCCCUCGUUUUCUACAUUGGAAAGGCUCCUAAAGGGACCAAAACCAACUGGAUUAUGCACGAAUACAGACUCUCUGAUUCCCCAAGAAAGCAUGGCAGCUCCAGGCUGGAUGAUUGGGUGCUUUGCCGGAUUUACAAAAAGAACUCCAGCGCGCAGAAGCUGCCGGCGGCAGCCAUUUCCGGCGUGCCGGCAAAAGAAUACAGCCUGGGGUCGUCGUCUUCCUCGUCAUCCCAAUACGACGACGUAUUAGAAUCCUUGCCGGAGAUCGACGACCGUUUCUUCUCUCUCCCGAGGUUGAAUUCCAUCAAGAAUCUUCAGCAGUUGGGCUCCGGGAACUUCGACUGGGCCACGCUAGCGGGGCUCAACCCGCUACCCGAACCCGGAAACCAGCCCAACCCCGACCCGGCACAGCUAAACCUUAAUUUCAACGCUCAGAACGACAUGUACGCCGCCGCCGCUAAUCUGCACCGGUUUGGCGGCAAAAUGGCGGCGGACGAAGAAGUCCAGAGCGGGAUCCGGGCCCAGCAACAGCUGGAUGGAUCCGGAUACUUCUCGCAAAACAUGGGUGGAUUCGACCCGGGUUUUACGAACCCGUAUGGGAAUCGGUACCCGACCCAGGUAGGUGGGCUGGGUUUUAGGCAGUGAAUGAGAAAUAUUGAUUCAUUUUAGGGGGAGUGAAUUUGUGAUGGAGGAAAAGAUUGAUUAGGGACUAUUGUGUAAAUAGAUCGCAUUCUUUGGGCAAAUUGGGUGGCGCUGCUGAAUUGUUGGCUCCAAGGGACCACACAGCGAUAUGAUUUGAUUAAUUUGCAAAUUUGCCCCAACAUUGUACUGAAUUUUGCACAUUCCAGACUGCUGCUGUCUCUUGUAAUCUAUCACCAAAUUAGUUAUAGCAAUACAAGAAAGAUAUUUGGGUUUA